AUGUCACAAUCAUGUUACGGUCGCACUCCCACUGGUCAAGGAUUCCACUUUCCCUCAGCAACUUGCAAACUGGAGAAUGUAGCCUCUAGAGAAGUUGGAGAAGAUAUUGUGCUCCAUGGCUAUCUCGGCACACAACGGCAGGCUGGCAAGAAUCUGCUCUUUGCCGAACUGCGGAGUACAACUCUAUCACAUUCCAUUCAAUUGGUCGCCUCGAACAAGACCACCAGCACCGAGGGAGAAAGUGUUUUUGAGAGACUCAGUACGCUGAACGUCGAGACGCCAGUAGCAAUUGAGGGCAAAAUUAAGAGUCGCAAGGCCAAACCGUCUCCGUCCAAAGCAGAUGAAGGAGCUGUCAAGCAAAUAACAGAUGUCGAGAUUGAACUGACCAAAGUCUCUCCACUAAACCACUUCCCCAAGGAUAUUAUGGUCACCCAAGACUCAGUCUUCUCUGCAGAGCAAAGGCACUUACAACUAAGAAUGGAGAAGCCGCUUCGGGAUGCACUAGCUUUCAGGAGUAAAGCAGCCAGCAUCUUACGCACAGAAUUGUGCGAGGCCAAGGACUUUGUCGAGAUUGAGACACCUCUACUGUUCAAGUCCACUCCCGAAGGUGCUCGCGAAUUCUUGGUCCCUACUCGCACACCUGGCCUAGCAUACGCCUUACCUCAAAGUCCCCAACAGUACAAGCAGAUUUUGAUGGCAAGUGGUAUUCCUCGCUAUGUGCAAUUUGCCAAAUGCUUCCGAGACGAAGACCUUCGUGCUGAUAGACAACCUGAAUUCACACAAGUGGAUCUGGAAAUGUCGUUCGCAACUGGAGAGGAUGUGAUGAACACAGUGGAGUCUGUUGUCAAGACGCUCUGGCAGAAACUCCUUGGAAUCUCUCACAGUGACCCGUUCCCGCGACUCUCAUACGAAGAUGCGAUGUCAAGAUAUGGCUCCGACAAGCCUGAUGUGCGUCUUGAAUCCAAGAUUCAACGUGUUGAGUAUAUGCUACCUGUGGAUCUGAUCCGCAAGAUUGGUCCGCUACUCGAUCCGAUUGUCGAGGUGCUCAAGAUACCCAUCUCAGGCGAUGCAAAAGAGACCCGUGCAUUUGUGACUCGUUUCAUGGACUCGCCAGAAGCCAAGCCUUUCAACGAGAACCCAGAAGGACAGCCCGGCAUCUUCAUCUACGAUCCUCGCAAACCACUCUCCGGCCUUUCGGUUUUCGGUUUCGAGGCCGCAGAAACAAUAGAAGAGACAUUGGAUCUUGAAGAAGGCGAUCUGGUCGUCCUUCAAGCUCGUAAGAAUGCACCUCAUGCAGGCGGCUCAACACCAUUAGGCAAUCUGCGCCUGGCUCUGCACAAAUUUGCUGUCCAGCACAACUACAUGCCUGCUCCUCAAGGCUUCGAGUUCCUUUGGAUCACCGACUUCCCCCUAUUCUCGCCCUCCGUGGCAAACGAGCCUGGUCAAGGUGGCGCUGCAGGUUUGAGCUCCACGCAUCAUCCUUUCACAGCCCCGAAAACAGCUGAAGAUGUGGAUUUACUGCUUACCGACCCAGCAGCUGUCAAAGCAGAGCACUACGAUUUGGUAGUAAAUGGAGUCGAACUUGGAGGUGGUAGUCGCAGAAUCCACUCGGUGGCUAUGCAGCAGUUCGUCCUUCGCGAGGUCUUGAAGAUGAGCGAGGAACGACUCAAAGACUUUGACCAUCUCAUUGAGGUGUUGCGAGCAGGAUGCCCACCGCACGCAGGCAUGGCAUUGGGAUUCGACAGACUGAUCGCUGUCAUGCUUGGUAAGGAAAGUGUCCGCGAUGUGAUCGCAUUCCCAAAAAGUGGAAGGGGAGAGGAUUUACUCGUCAAGAGUCCGACACGCAUGACCGAAGACCAACUCAAGACAUACCAUCUGAAGCUUCGAGAAUAA